AUGGUGGAAGGAAACGACAGCGAAUCAGCGGACGACUACGAGGGCAACGACGCCGAUGACGCCACCGCCGAUGAUUACAUUCGCGAGGACCAAGAAUCUACUGCAGACGAAGUAUUCUUUACUUUACUACCUUCACUUUUAAAAAAAAAAUUAAAAUCCCAAUCGGUCAAUUGCGUUUGCUCCACUCAGGCUCAACAAAAAAGUGGGAGACACGAAGAGAUUGUGAGGGAAUCCCGUGAACAAGGUGACUCGCGUGAUUUUGAAGGAGCCUCUGAUCAACAGUCUUUCCAAAAUAAAUAUAGAUAUAAAACAGCUCAAGAAAAAAGUGGGAGACAAGAAGAGAUGGUGCGGGAAUCCCGUGAACAAGGCGACUCGGGUUAUUUUGGAGGCUCGUCAGAUCAACAUUCUAGCCAAGAUAAAUAUAGAUAUAAAACAUUUUCAGAAGACAAUUUGGGAUCUCACGCAGAAAGUGUAGAAAGAUCACGUCCUGAACAAACUGAUUUAAAUGCUGAAAAUGAAAAAGACUAUCCUGCGGAAAAACAACAACUAAUCCGAAAUCCACAGCAUAUAGAUGCAAAUAAUAUUCACCUGAACGAAUUAUAUUCUCAUUCAAAUGUUAAUCAAAAGAAGUUACCGCAAAGUGAUUUAUCCUUAAGCGAAAGAUCCGUAAACACCAAUCCUGAUAUCCAAUACGGUGAAUUGUUAUUUAAAAUGAAAACCGCUCAGGCGAGCAGACAACAAAAUAAUUUAGUCGAUGAAGCUGGCAUACCGUCUAGGUUGAUAAAACAGUAUAACUUGAUGCAUUCAAAAAAUAGUGAGCAAGAAAAUGAAAAUACGUUUAAUUAUGAAAGAGACCGGCGUCAUGCUCCUAAUAUAAAAGAUACUGAUUCUACGCGGUCACCUAAUGACAAAGAAGAAACGAAUUUAACAAAUGAGAACAGCGAAAAUGCUAUCCUGAGAAAUAUUAAAAAAAUAUCGGAACAAGACUUAGAAGAAUUAUUGAAUUCCCUUCCUGAAGACAAAAAGGCACUCUUGAAAAAAAUAAUGGAUAAAAGAGAAAUUACUAAAAAAGCAGGCGCUAUUGAUGAAAAUAGUUAUUUGGAAGGAGGACAAGCUGAUACAAGUAAACUAGAAGGCGGAUAUUCCGUUUAUUUCACGGAAUCUUCUAUGACGUCUGAUACCUCUGAAACCAGUAAGCAACCUGAAAGUAGCGAUAGCAUAAGCUCUAAAAUUCCUGAUAGUGAAAGUGGUUCAAAAGAAUCGGGGAGCAAAUCUGAAAUCAUAACUAACACUGAAAUUAAAAACGACGAACCAGCCAUUGAAAAAGAAAGCGAGAUAACAGAAACGGGUUCAAAAAAUGAUGUUAACAUCAAUUCAAGUUCCGAAGAAUUUUGUAAAACAGAAAACAAACGGGAAACUAAUAACAAAGAAUUAACCAAUGAAAAAAUAAGCUUGGAAGAUUCAAAAAUUCAAGAAUAUCAAUUAGAGGCAAAAGAUUCUAAUGAUUAUUUAGGAAAUCAAGAUGAUUUAAUAGAGGAUUCGAGAAUAUUUUCUGAGAACGAAAAUUGGGCUAAUGAGCCUCAAGAAAGCAACGAAAGAGCGAAGAAAAGAGAAAUUUCUCAAAACGACCCAUUGGUUUUGCAGGAGUGUGUAAAAUCAUUAGGAGAAUCAUUUCCAGCUGCCAACUCUUAUGAAGAUAAUAUUUUAGAAUCCGAAAUGGCACCCUUAAUUAGAGUAAAGAGAACCGAAAAAGAACAUCAGAAAAGUAAACAUGAUUCAUUGCCCACAUCUAAUGAUAAUGCACACUUUUCUCCUGGAGUUGAGGGUGAAGAUUGUGAAAGUGAAGAGAAAAGCGAACUACAUGAUUAUGGAGUGUUCAAUCGUGCAUCCAAUUCUGUAAGAAAAUAUCAAGGGGGUAAAUCAAAUACGGACUCUCUUUUAGGUAGCAGUGACAUAGCCUGCCAUUUAUCACAGUUUAGUAAGAGGAAUUUACAAUUACACCCACCAGUUGUAUCGGAAACACAGGAAAAAGAUAAAACUAGUCUUGGUUCAGAUACUGAUACUGUACUUUCAGGUAUAGAGGGAGUUGAUGAAAACCUAAUGUACAGUAGUGGGUUACUUGGAAAACGGAGUCUUGAAAGCUCUGAUAUCAAAUCGGAUAAAACAAACAUCAAUCGAAGUGGUCGUACAGCAGGUCCAAUAAACGUCGACGAUGUGUCUGAUAACUCCAUAAAUGUAUGUCAAUAUCAAAACGACGAAGCUUUCGGACCAGUUGCAUUGAAUUCCGAAGGAGACCUGAGUAGGUAUAAAAGAGUAAGACAAGUUGAACAGGAUUCCCAAAAAUAAUUCUUGAUAAUAUUGUAAUGUUAUUAUUUUCAUUAAUAAAAGUUUAAAUAUAUGAUUGUUUAUAUAAGCAUUUUAAGACUGUUUGAGAUAAUUCAUAGAUUUAACUAGAUUUUAUUAUUAAAUAUACAUAUUAU